UUAUAUGACAAAUUGAUGGGUCCGCGUGGGUUGGAGCAAAGAUUCUCAUUCUUAAAUCCCAUGAAAACGAACUUAACCGGAAUGAUAAGAAAACCAGAUGAAGUCAGGACGUAUGUAGUCGAGCGCUUUAUGGCCGACACAGAUAGAGAAAAGUUGUUCUUUUUACCGUUUAAUACCGGCGACGGUGGACAUUGGUUGUUGGUCGCGAUAAAUCCUUUUAAAGAAAUUGUGUAUUAUUUGGAUUCUUUACACAAUGAUUGGACAACAUACCCUGCUAUGAAGACGAUAGUUGACACCAUUAUACAAACUGUUCGAGCACAAAGAAAAAUUCAAGUACCAAAGAGAAAAGCCAAUAACAUUACAUGGAAUAGAGUGGAGUGUCCUCGACAGCGUAAUAAUAUAGAUUGUGGAUAUUACACGUUGAGGUUUAUGAAAGAAACUCUUCUUAUGGAUCGAACAGAUAUUCCAUCUGAUUACUUUGAUGAAUAUAGAUGUGCUUAUUACUCAAAAGAUCAGUUGGAUGAAAUUAAAGAGGAAUUGUGUCAAUUCAUUAUCGAGCUACAGGUUUUGUGAGGUUAUAUAGCAUAUUUAGAAGAUAGAACUAGAAUGUGUUGAAAUACAUUUUGAUUAGCAUUUUUGGAGGUUAUUAGAAAUGUGUAGAUUUUUUGUAAAGGCAAACAUUUUCAAGUAUAUAUAUAAAUACUCAAAAAACUGCUGAAAUUAGAAGUA